AUGUCUGAUUUCGAAGAUGGUAUGGAGAUUGAUGGCCUAGCACCAAAAGAGUCAAUCCAAUUCAGCUUCGAGAAUACUGCGAUCAAAGGAAAGCGAAUUGUAGCAGAUCUGCCAAUUGAGGCAGAGGACAACCUGCCAUGGGUGGAGAAGUACCGUCCAAAUACUCUUGACGAUGUUUCUGGCCACCAAGACAUCCUUGCUACCAUCAAUAGAUUCGUUGAACAUAACCGACUACCCCAUCUCCUUCUGUAUGGACCACCUGGCACCGGCAAGACGUCCACCAUUCUGGCUCUUGCCCGAAAGAUAUAUGGACCGAAGAAUAUGCGCCAAAUGGUCUUAGAAAUGAAUGCGUCGGACGAUAGAGGUAUCGAUGUUGUCCGAGAACAGAUCAAGACCUUUGCGUCCACCAAACAGAUAUUCACUGGCGGAGUUGGCGCCUCAACUUCAUCUGGCGGCUUAGGAGCAUUCAAGCUCAUCGUUCUCGACGAAGCAGACGCUAUGACUUCAGCAGCACAGAUGGCCCUAAGACGAAUAAUGGAGAAAUAUACAGCCAAUACUCGCUUCUGUAUCAUCGCGAACUAUACUCAUAAGCUCUCGCCUGCGUUGCUAUCAAGAUGCACCAGGUUCAGAUUUUCGCCUUUGAAGGAAGCGGACAUUCGAGGACUGGUCAACCAUGUGAUCGAGAAUGAAAACAUCAACAUCGAUGCAGAAGCGGUCGAUAGUCUAGUGAAGCUGAGCAAGGGCGAUAUGCGACGGGCGCUCAAUGUCCUUCAGGCUUGUCAUGCUGGAAGCAGACCACUUCCUGUAAGGAACGCGCCAAAACCGGAAGCAGAGGAUAUCAAGUAUGAGAUGAUCACCGGUGCCACAAUCUACAAUUGCAUUGCAGCUCCUCAUCCAGCCGACACUCGAUUGAUCAUGAACACUCUACUGAGCACGCCGGACGUCAUGUCUUGUGUGACGACCAUAAAUACGCUAAAAUCAAAUCGAGGUCUAGCACUUGCUGAUAUUCUGACGUCUCUUGCAGAAGAAUUACAAACAUUGGAAGUCAGCCCUCAAACCAGGAUAAUAUGGCUGGAGGGGCUUGCAGAAAUCGAGUUUCGACUAUCCGGUGGAGGAUCUGAGAAUAUUCAAACUGGUGGAAUGGUCGGAAUUAUACGUCAGGGAUGUGAGCUUAUGGGCGAGAAGGGGAUGGUGGUCGACACAUGA